CGCGGCCCCUCGUUGUCCCGCCGCUAUAAAAGCGGCGCCCGUUCUCUGUGAUAUCACAAACACCUUCUGACUCGACCUGAGAUUCAACUGCUCAUCUCUCUCUCUGAACGAGAACCAGACGCCAAGUGAUUAAGAUGGACCCCUGCGACUGCUCCAAGACUGGAACCUGCAACUGCGGUGGAUCCUGCACCUGCACAAACUGCUCCUGCACCACCUGCAAGAAGAGCUGCUGCCCAUGCUGCCCAUCUGGCUGCACCAAGUGCGCCUCUGGCUGCGUGUGCAAGGGGAAGACAUGCGACACCAGCUGCUGUCAGUGAGGCGCCCGCACCAUGAUGAUGGAGCCCAUUUGCACUGAUUUGCCAUUGCAAAAUGUCUAAAAGGAGAAUCCUUUGUUUUGUGUAAAUAUUAAUAAAAAUCAACAUGUUACUUCA